AUGGCUCCGCCUCACAGCACCGGCAAUGGCUACACAUACAAGGGGUCCAAGUCUGCCGCUGCCUCUCUGCCUUUUCAACACUACAAUGACGCCAGCUUCCGCGCCCGCCUCCGACCCGUGAUUGUUGUCGUAGUGCGAUUGCUGAGAUCAAUCUGGAUCUUUUGGCACACCCGCGGAAAACGACUGGCCGCCAACAUCAUGCGGCAAGUCGGCUGGCAGCUGAGGCAGAACUUGACCGCGCGCCGCCUCCUGAGCUUCACGCACCUGCUGGUGUGUCUGUGGUUCCUCGUGCUGCUCUGGGGCGAGCAUUGGGUCUUUGAGAGUCGAGUUGCCGACUGCAAAUGGAGCAAUUGGGAGAACUGGCCUGCCGGGUCGAGCCCGCACCACCUCGUCCUCGUCGCCGACCCCCAGAUCAUCGACCCGAAAUCCUACCCCGGCCGCCCGUGGCCCUUGUCUGACCUGACAGUCUUGAUAACCGACAACUACAUGCGAAGGGGGUACCAGCAGCUCCAGUCGCAGCUGCAGCCCGACUCGCUGUUCCUUCUUGGCGACCUCUUUGACGGCGGACGAGAGUGGAAGACGGCGCACAGCGACUUCAAGGACCCCGACUGGGCCGUCAGCAGGCGACCCAACAACGAAAAGGAUCAUGUCAAGAACUGGAACAAAAACUACGGCCAGGAGUUCUGGCUCAAGGAGUACGAGCGCUUUGGCGACAUUUUCUUCAAGGACUGGAAUCUCGGCGGCACCAAGGCGGGCGACUGGCAGAGGGGGCGCAAGCUGGUCGCCAGCCUGCCCGGAAACCACGACCUGGGCUUCGGAGACCAGGUCAAGGGGUCCGUUCGCGAGCGCUUCAACACCUUUUUCGGCGACGUCAACCGCGUUGAUGUCAUCGGCAACCACUCCAUCGUCUCCGUCGACACUGUUUCCCUGAGCGCGAGCGCCUCGCGGCAGGCUGGCGUAGACCUCAAAGCGAUCCACGCGCCCGCCGACAUCUUCUUGAAGGAUGUGCAGUUCACCAAGCGCAAGGCCGUCGAGAAAGAGCUGCGGUUCUGGAGGGGCGAUCUGGAAGGCGUCGCCUAUGGGCACGAGGUCGAGGACUUGGACACGGCUGACGCAGCAGUGCCGACGAUCGUACCGGGGGAAGACGGACCCGAAUUCCCCACCAUUCUCCUUACCCACGUGCCUUUGUACCGGGAUCCCGGGACGCCUUGCGGACCGCAACGAGAGCACUGGCCGCCGACCAAGCCGCCCAAGGGGCAAAAGGGCCCCAUUGUCCCGGAUCAUCGCAACGCCAUUUCGGUCUCGGCUGGCUAUCAGUAUCAGAACGUUUUGAAUGAGGAUGAUUCGGUCCGGCUCGUCAAGAGUGUCGGCAAUGUCGUCCACGUCUUCUCGGGCGACGACCACGAUUACUGCGAGAUUGUCCAUUCUCCCGAGAAGGAAAACGUUCGCGAGAUCACCGUCAAGAGCAUCAGCAUGGCCAUGGGCGUGCCCACCCCCGGAUUCCUCAUGGUCAGUCUGUACAACCCGGUGGACGGUAACGGCAAACCACUGCCCGGGGCCCCGGAGAAGACGUUGCAGACCCAUCUCUGCCUGCUGCCGAAUCAGCUCGCUACCUACGCCAAGUAUGCCGGGCUCGCCUUCGUCACCAUCGUUGCCAUCAGCAUCAGGUCGUUCCUCGUGCCUGCUCUCAACCUGACGCCAUUCGCGUUACAGCCAGAGCAGCCGCAAGGCGCCAUCCUACCCACAAUCAAGGACAAGGCCGAGGAUAACGGCACUUACAACAUGCAUUCGACAUCAGCGACGUCUGGGUCUCGGUUCCUCACAUCGUCAUCGUCACGGACUAGGAGCGGGUCCAUCCGGUCAAACGGCUCUGCCCCCAUUCCACCGCCUAAGAGCAAGCCUAAAAAGCAAGGAUGGAGCCACCGCGCGCCUCGAAUCGACAUCUUCCAAGACGACUUCUACGGCACGACCAAACCACGGUUGACGUGGACGGCAGCGUCCCAACGGUCGAGGACGACCCUCGGACGGGUUGUUCGAGAGAUUGGCGCCUCAACGUGGAGGGUGAUCUGGAUGGUCGUCUUGUUUUGGGCGUAUCUUGCAUACAAGGGAUAG